AUUUUUCUCAACCUUCGCUUUCGGCCUUCAAAGCUUCUUCAAGCUCUAGGAUAUAACAUACAUAACAAUGUCCGAAACCCAAGACCUCCCGCCACCGGGCACCGCCCCCGAAAAGGCCAUCCCAAUCCCAAUGCCAACCCCACCAUUAAAUCCAAUUCCCUCCCUUCAAACUCUUCGAAGCUGGCUGCCUUUAUACCUCUCCAAAACCGACGCCACACUAUCCCAUGUCUCACGCGUCCUCUCCACUCCUUCAGGGACCGACACCUUCCUCCUAACCCUCUGCUACACUAGCCUCCUCAGCUCCUCCCUACUCUCCUCCCUCUCCCUCCAUCGAAUCGACGCCGCAGCCCGCCGGCUCAUCUCGCAAGCCAUUGCCCUCCCACCAAACACAACAGUGAUAAUCGACACCUCGUCCCUACCGCCUUCAUGCCUACUCAUCACUUCGGGGCGGCUUAAAGCGCUCAGCGAGCUUAUCUCUGACUUCCGAAUCUUUGUACGGCUCUGGGGCCUCCUCUCGAUUUACAACUGGGGGAAACGAGUCUAUAAUUCUCCACCUACAGAUAUCCUUGUUCGGAGGAUAGUGUAUACGCAAGUAGCAUCCAACAUCGCUUUUCAGUAUUUGGAGAAUGGAGCGUAUUUGGCGAGUAAAGGUGUGCUAGGCUGGGGCAAGGAGAAGCAGGGAAGGGCUUGGAUAUGGAGUUCUAGGUUCUGGAUGCUGCAUGUAGGAUUGGAUUUUGUAAGGUUGUGGAGGGAGGCCAGGUUACGAGUCUUGAAAGGAAAGGCUCAUCCAGGGAGUGAUGAAGAGAGUAAGUGGACGGCUAAGUGGAGGAGGGAGAUGGUUGUGAAUGCGGUAUGGGCACCGCUUACGCUGCACUGGAGUUUAGAAGAGGGAUUUGCAAGUGACUUUUGGAUUGGCGUAUUGGGAAGUGUAGCUGGGGUGGCGGGUUUUCGAGAGCUAUGGAGAACUACUGGGCAGGUGUAGAGAGUUGUAGGUGUUGGGGAAGAAGCUUUUCCCUAUUCCGGGCGGUGUCAUGAACUUCUCCCGAGACAAUGUCCCAGAUUUCCCAGAACAAUCUGUAUAAGGUACUUACUCACUUCUCCGUUACCUAGUGGUAAUACAAGGUCCCAACUUCUCGGAGUUUGACUCCGAUUUCUUGGGCAUGGUUGGCGUGAACAGGCUUAUUUUAUUAUACCCGUAGCGAAGCUAUAGAUCCAAUUAUUUGAUGAAUGAGGUAUCCAGAUAUCCACCCAGGUCAUGAGUAUUCAUACGAGUAAUGACAAUUCUUUUAUCC